ACUGUCAGAGUUAAAAGGUUGGUGGUGGAUUCAGCAAAGUCUAUUAACUAAUUUUGUUGGACAAAAAAUAGUGACUGUUAUCCUAUUUUAAAUCCUAGCUAGUAUUUCUGUGGACCGGACGGCCGUUUCCGUGGUCCUUCAGGGGGUCCUCGGACCCUAGUUUUGAGAGCACAGUUCUGGGCUCCUCGGGAAGCUUCUAUGAGGAGAGAGUGAAGGAAGUUGCAGCCCAUGUUUGGAAAUGUUCUCCCAGGGGCGCUGCAGCAGCAGCCGGUGGAGCUACAGUCAGCUGGACAGCUCGGAGUUGACCGCACACGGGAUUUGUUUUUACUCCGGAACGGAUCAGCCUUGUGACGGGUAUUCAUCAUCAUGGCUCAGGCAAAAAUACAGGCGAAGAUGAACGAGGCUACCUGUAGCAAGUUCAGCAGGACGCUAUCCAUGGCAGAUCGCUCGGGGCGGCUGCUGGAAAGUUUGGACCAGCUCGAAAUGAGGGUGGAGGCUUUACGCGAAGCGGCAUCGGCCAUGGAGCAGGAAAGGGAGUGCAUCCUGGAAAUGAUUCAAUCUCUACAGAACAGUCAAGAAAUGCGUAACAUCUGUGCUGGAGAGAGAGAGGAGUUAACUUUAACUGCAAACCGUUUAAUGGGCCGGACGCUGUCUGUGGAAAUCUCUGUUGGGACAAUCAGAAACCCGCAGCAGGAGGAGGCGCUACAAAAAGCCACAUCCAUCAUAGAUGAAAUAGUGAAAAAGUUGCUGGACGACAUGGAGGGGAGCAGGCAGAAGCUGCUGGCCCUGCACGCCGCAUGUGUGACUGAAGCACCGGCCGUUCCCAUCAACCAGAAGUUUCAGGCCAUUGUGAUCGGUUGCGCUCUGGAGGACCAGAAGAACAUAAAGCGGAGGCUGGAGACUCUAUUGAGAAAUGUUGAAAAUGCUGAAAAGAACAUCAAGAUUAUGGAUCAUCAAAAACUGGAGAACACCAAAGCAAACGGUAGUCAAUAAGACUCAUCACCAAAGCAUUAAAUGUGCCUUGAAUGUUCUCUUUCAGAAGGCUGCUACUUGUAGCAAGAAAAGUGAACAACAAAUAUCCAGUUUUACCAAAUCAUUGUCAUUUUUACAUUGAUCUACUUAAUAUUGGUUACUUAAUGUUUAUACAAUGUACGUGUGUGUUCACAUAUGCACCUAGUGCAGUAAAAGAUGCUGAACAGCAAUGAAUUAAGUCUCUUUUUGUUUCAUUGCCUCACUUUUAAAAUUAGGUAGUUGAUUUUGUAAGUGCACGCACUACCUCUUUAUGUGAAAUCAACACAAGAUAUAUGGAUUUUAGUUUGUAUUUGCACAUAUGAGUUUUAUUUCAGAUCACGUGUCAAAAAACUAAAUAAACCUGUUGUCUUAUGA